AUGACUGUAACAGAAUCUUUCAAAAAUGCUGUCGUAAAAAACUUUGGACCUCAGCCCGAUUUAUCAGAUGAUGAAUAUGAUAAAUUAUUUUCAUUAACUAAAAUUUUUCAAAAUGAAUUAGAAGAUUUAUACAUUGAAUGGGAAUCGUUCAACUUUGCUGAAAAUGAAGAUUAUAAAUUACAAAUGGUAAAUCUAACCAAGUUUCAUGAUUAUUUACAAAAAAAGCUUACCAAUAAUAAAUUUACACCAAAUAUAAGUAAGACUAAAGAUAUCAAUUCUGGAAGAAAACCAUUAUCAAAACGAAGUAUUAAUAAUGAAAAUACUCCAUCAACACCUCAGAUAAAGAAAAGAAAAGUUCUUGAAUCCUCAUCACCAGCACCAGCGGAUUAUGAUACAGCAAACAGUACCUUCAACACAUCUCCAAUCAAACCAGCUAAACAAUCACAUACUUUGAUAGAAACUUUAAAUCCACAUAUAGAAAAUUUUGAAUUGAAUAAUACAGACAACAAUCCCAUUAAAUUAACUGCAAAUUUUGAUCCAUUGAAAUUCAAAUUUCGAACAUUACAAAUGAAAUUAUUAGAAAGUGCAGAUGUUUUAGAUGAUCAAAUAGAUACAAUGGCAGAAAUAUAUCAAGAAGAAAAUAAAACUGAAGAUUUACAAUUUGGAAAUCCAUGUUUAAGUUCUCAAUUUGAUAUUUUAUGUUGUGGUAGAAUUGUACCAGAUUCACCAAGUUAUAAUCAAGAAAUUUUAAAUAAAAAAUCAUUAUAUUUAGAAACUUCAAGACUUUCUGGAGUUGGACAAAGAGUACCUUUAGAUUUAUCUGGUUUGAAUGGUUAUUCAUUUUUCACUGGUCAGAUUGUAAUUUUGAAAGGUAGAAAUCCAACUGGAAAAGAAUUUUGUGUGGAACAAGUAAUGCCUUUGCCACAAUUAGGAACAUCUGUUUCAAGUAAAGAAGAGUUAGAAGAAUUUGAAUCUUUACAAAAUGGUGAAGGAUUGAAAGUGGUUAUUGCAUCUGGUCCUUAUACAAACCUGAAUAAGUUAAAUUUUACUAAGUUAGAGAACUUAAUUGAGAAAUUAAAUACUGAAAUACAUCCAAAUGUUAUAAUAUUGAAUGGUCCAUUUAUUGAUCUUACAAACAAAGAAGUGGAAGAAGGUGAUUUCCCAAGUUUACCAAAAGAUCAACAACCAAGAAAUUUAGAUGAUGUUUUUAGAAUGUUAAUAACACCAAUUUUAAAGAAAAUAGAUUCUAAAAUUCAAGUCAUAAUACUACCAUCAUUAAAAGAUAGUUCUGCAAAUCAUUGUUCAUAUCCACAAGAUUCUUUUGAUAGAAAAAAAUUACAAUUACCUAAAAAUGUUAAAUGUUUUCCUAAUCCUUCAAGUUUUGCUGUAAAUGAAAUGUUGAUAGGUUCAUCAAAUCUUGAUAUUUUCAAAGAUUUAAAAGAAGUGUUAAAACAAGAUGAUUCAAUAUCAAAUAAUAGAUUUGAUAGAAUAAUUACACAUAUAAUUGAACAAAGAAGAUAUUAUCCAGUAAUGCCUGGUUCAAUUGCUUCAACUGCAACACAUUCAGAUAAUAAUAUAUCAGAUCUUGCUAAUGGUGCUUCAGGAGAAUUUUUAAAUGGUUUAAGUAUCGGUGGGUCUUGUUUGGAAAUUCCAUAUAUGGGAUUAUCAGAAUUAGGUACAUCAAUACCAGAUGUUUUAAUCUUACCUUCAGAUUUAAAAGCAUUUGCAAAAAUUGUAAAGGGAGUUGUUGUAAUUAAUACAGGACAGUUUAUAAGACCUAGUAAAUCAAGUGAAGUUGAAGAUGGUACUUAUGCUAUUUUGAGUUUGUUGCCGCCAAAGGUUGAUGAAGGAGGUGAGAAUAACGUAGAAAAAGUGGAAACUGAAGAUAAUGUAUACCACCACAAUAUUUAUAAAAGAUCAAGAAUAGACUUAUAUACCACAUAA